GACUAUAAGAUCCACGGUCCAUAACCAUUCACACCAAAACAAGAAACAAAUAUCGACCGUUAGAUCAAAAUUAAGGGUUUUAGUCACAGUACCUUUACACUCCACGCCUCCUAUUAUACUCGCGCAGCUCUCUAUUCGUUCUUUCUCUUUCGUUUUCCCAAAACCUUUACCACAGGAAAACCGCUCGUUUAUUCCAUAGCGGUUGUGUGGUUCAAAACCAUAUCCCUUACUGUAUCGGUGGUUUUGCUUUUUUUUUUGUAAAAGGUCAGGAAUUGGAUUUUGAAGCUCAACAAUGGCAGGAGAGAAGAUUAUAGAAAAACCUGAAGCAGUUGCUCCAGGAUCGAAAUCUGAUUCGUCUAUUAAGCUGACUGAGAAGGAUCUGAUUUCAAAAAAAGAUGGAAAAGUUUCUGACUCGCUGUCAUCUUUGGGAGCUGUGACUGGCAUCAAGGGUGAAAUUGAUCAACCACCAAUUGCAGAGCAAGGUGCUUAUUAUCCACCUGCUAGCUAUUGCGAUUACUACUACCCAGGCUAUAACGGGGCUUUUAAUCAGUUAGACGAUCAAGGUUACUUUAAUGCGGGUAUUCAAUCAGAUAAUGGUUCCCUUCUCUACUAUCUUCCUGGCUAUAAUCCUUACAGUGCUGGAUUUGUGGGAGGCGAUGGGAAGCAGUCUUAUCUAUCAUCUGGAUAUCUUCAACAACCUGUCUCAUAUGGUUCAGAGUCCUUGCCAUGUUAUACAUGGGGUUCGACAUACUGUGCAGAUACCAAUAGUGCUGCUCCCAAAUCUGGGAAUGUUAAAUCAACGUUUGGCCGAAAUGGUUCAGACAAGUCAAAUGGUUUUAAUUCCACAAAAACAAAUAGUUCUUUCGCAAGCAAAAACUCGGCCGUGCUGUUUAACCCAAAGACUCGACAGUCUACUGCUGCGUCAAAUCUGCCAAAGUCUAACCAUCAAGCUCAGCCUUUCAAACCAGCUAACAAGUUUCGGCCCGAUAUCCAGUCUGGAGGCCUGAUUAAAGGGUUUCAUAUGGCUGGGGAUUUCCCAUCAUACACCAGUCAAAAUCAAGGUUUUUUCAUGCCGUAUGAUCCCACUAACUACCAAACAAAUGGUAGAAUGUGGAAUGGGAAUUACAGAUUCAAAUCACGGGGAAAUUUCACCAGAAAUGGUGUGUUUGAGGCCUCAACUGAGUUACCUCGUGGUCCCCGCGCAGACAGCAGGAGCAGUCCUUCAAAACCAUCUGCUGAGGAGGACCAGCUUGGGCCAAUUAUUCAGAAGGAGAAGUAUAACAAAGAGGAUUUCAAGACUCAGUACGAUAAUGCCAAGUUUUAUGUUAUCAAGUCAUACAGUGAAGAUGAUAUUCACAAGUGUGUCAAAUAUGAUGUAUGGUCAAGUACUCCUAACGGGAACAAGAAAUUGGAUGGUGCCUUCCGUGAUGCUGAGGGUAAAGCAAGUGGAGCUGGUUCAAGCUGUCCAGUGUUCCUCUUCUUUUCAGUAAAUGGAAGUGGACAGUUUUUAGGUGUAGCUGAGAUGGUUGGGCAGGUUGACUUCAACAGAAACAUGGACUUUUGGCAGCUUGAUAAGUGGAGCGGGUUCUUCCCAGUGAAGUGGCACAUAGUUAAAGAUGUCCCUAACACACAGUUCAGGCACAUUAUCCUCGAAAACAAUGAUAAUAGACCUGUGACCUAUAGCAGAGAUACUCAGGAGAUUGGGCUGAAGGAAGGUAUGGAAAUGCUUAACAUAUUUAAGAGCUACUCGGAGAGGACAUCUAUAUUGGAUGAUUUUAAUUUCUAUGAAAAGCGUGAGAAAUUGCUCAAGGCUAAAAGGAGUACAAAACCAGCUGGUCAAGCUGAUGUAUUCGAGAAAACUGAUUCUCUUAAGCAAUUCAAAGGAGGAGAUAAGAUACUUGAGGAGGAGCUGAAGACCAACUCGUCUGGUCCAACUGCGUCUCUUGUUUCUCUCACCAAAAACCUCUCAAUUAAUUCAAGGCCAUUCAAAAGUAGUGUGUGAAUCAUAGGCGUCACUAUGCCUCCAAGAGGCAAUCUUAUGACUAGGUAGUCCUGAAGCAUCAAAGGCGUCCCUAUUUCCCCUUGUGUUUUGCUUUUGUUAAUUAGGCAUAUAGGCAUACUCGUUCCGUUGGUGGCUUCUGGGAUGGCUGUACUAGUCUCUUUUGUUAGUUUUUAUCUCAUCUUUAAGAAAGGAAAAGGGUUCAGUUUCUUUUCAAUUGUCUUUUGCGAUGUCUGUUUCUUUCUACUUUGUGUUUUAGAUUUGCAGUAUUGAUGAAAUGUUAAAAGCAAAAGAUGACCUCCCCA